AAAAAAAACAGGAAGCCACGCGUGACGUAAACUCGCUGCGUGACGUAAUACGUAAAUAAGUUGAUCAAGCUUGUACUCGCAAGCUUGUUGUCUUCCUGUCGCUUUAAUUAUCUGUCGCUGGAUGACAGUACAACAUUAACGGUCAAUCUCGCGGAGAUACAGCUGAUUUGACGUUUUAUGCGACAAGCGAGGACAUGCCAUCUGACUUCGUAACGUAACUACAGAGAAAAGCUCGUGUGGACAACAAACCAGGGUGUUUAUCCAACGAGCUAACUGUGAGUUAGCAUCGCUUGACUCCACAUCGUGCGCUCUCCAUGCUCACUCUUUCUUCCAUCUCGUCUCCGGGUGUUGUCGUCGGCCUGUAGCUUCUCUCACCGGGUCCAGUGCUCGGUUGGUCGCCAGGAGAGGAUGAACUGGCUCUUCCCCUUGUCCAAAGGCUCCGGACCUCUCCCUCCUCUCAGCAGCCUACAACAACAAAGACAGCGGCAGGUCGAGUCGCUGAAAGCCGCUCACCCCAGCCUUGCAGAGAUCCAGAAAGAUGUGGAGUACAGAAUACCAUUCACAGUCAACAACUCCACCAUUAGUGUCAACAUUCUGCUACCUCCUCAGUUCCCUCAGGAGAAACCGGUGGUCAGUGUCUAUCCCCCUGUUGGUCAUCAUUUAGUUGACAGUAAUAAUGGCACCAUGAUCAAGAGUCCCCUCAUCACUAAUUUUGGGAUGCACUCAGAUCUGGGUAAGGUGAUUCAGAGUCUGUUGGACGAGUUCUGGAAAAGUCCUCCUGCCUUGAUGUCCACUGGUGCUGGUGGCUUUCCAUACAAUUUGUACAAGCCAUCAAUUCAUCCUUACCCCAAUCAGGCUUUCCACUAUGGUCCUAGACAUGUGGGUCCCAGUCAGGCUCCGGGUGCAGCUCCCAUGCCUCACCCAGGUGGUGAUAGUGCUCAUGGGCCGCCUCGUGCUCCAGCUCCAUAUGGACUGAUUUCUGAUCUGCCACUUCCCGUUCCUACAGGAGACUCACAGGCUGGACUGAACGGACAUAUGUACAAGAUGCCUGAAAUUCCAGAGUCUUUCCCUGAACUCUGUGACAUGAAUCUGACUCAGCUGUCAGACCUAUCUGAAAAUGAAGACCUGCUCCUGGAGUUCUUUGUGAGUUUGCCACAGCUCAAGCAGAUCACAAGCGACAAAGAAGAGCUGGUUACCAGCAUAGUAGGCAUGGCCAAGAAAAACCUUCAGAUGGAGCCACAAUUGGAAGGAAAACGGCAAGAAAUGCUUUACAAGUAUGAACAGCUAACUCAGAUGAAGUCGGACUUUGAGACAAAGAUGCAGAGACAGCAUGAACUCAGUGAGAGUUGCAGUCUUAGUACUUUACAGGCUCGGUUAAAAGUUGCAGCCCACCAGGCUGAGGAGGAGUCAGAGGAGACGGCUGAAAACUUCCUGGAGGGACGCACCGACAUAGAUGAAUUCCUGGCCAGCUUCAUGGAGAAGAGAACGCUUUGCCACAGCAGAAGGGCCAAAGAGGAGAAGUUGCAACAGUCCAUCAACACACAUGGACAGUUUCCUACCAGCCACUAGAGCACAAGGUUUGGUCUCUUCUGCUGCCAACUAAAAGGAUAAAGACACUAGGGAGGAGGAAAGCACACAGAGUCAACAACAGGCACUUUGAAGAAAUAGCAAGAUGUUGAUGAAAAUGUUGGGCUAAAAAAAAAGAAGCUGCCUGUUGAGCUUGUUAGUUAAUGUUUGACUGUGUGAGAGCAGAGAUGGAGAAGCUGUGGAGUCACCACAGGGAGGCCAAGACUGGAAACGUGGUGGACACAUGCCUAGCUGUUCCACCACAUUACUAAGGAUUGAUCACAUUGUGGAUAAUUUGUUAUGACACAUUCUGUCUCUGUUUGUCCAGUUUGACAAAGAGUUUAGUUUCUGUUCAGGAUUCGAGUCACGUUUGGGGCACCUGAUCAGAGUGGUUGAUGAUAUGAACACUUUUGACAGAAAGUAUUUCUUAGGACAGUAUUCUGAGUCUUACAUCUUUCCAUGCAGUGACUGAGUACAUGUCAUUUAUAGAUGAACUGUUGAAACACUGACGUUGUUUCAGUCUCUGAGAUCUUUGUCAAGUCGUUAGGGUUUUUUUUUUUUCUUUUUUUGCAUUUCAAUCUUCUGUUUACACAGGGAAGGUUGUUCCAGCCAUUUUCAUAAAUCGCAUCAUUGGUGUCAUUGUCAAACUUGUUUGUAAUUUAGCAAAACAAAUUUGGGAUUCACCAACGAAAAAGAAGCAGUGUUUUUAACUUGGGCUGUGGACAUUUAGACUGUGCAGUUUCCCUUCGAGGAAUUUCUUGAAAACAUCUUAAACAUCAGUGUGUUUGCACGAACAUAAAUAAUCUGAUUUGACCCGUGUUGAUUAAUCUAUUGUACGUUGUUAGAAAUUAGUUUCAACGUAAAUAACAGAACAAUCAUGUUUUUCUUCAGUUACUGUCAGGACUUAUGGCUUAUUUUAAUUUUAAAUAUGUGCUGAAACAACACAGUGACCAGUUUAACAUUAUAUAAAGUGUAUUUAAAUCAGCUUAAGAGGGGAGUCAGAGUACUGUAAGCCAUAUAAACGGUUAAUAACACUAUUAGCUAAAUUCCACACUUUUGACAAUAAUCAAAUUAUUUUGUAUUUGUAUAACACACUGAUGAUUUUUCACUGAUUAGCAUCAUUAUAUUUUUUUGUCACGCCCUUUGAACUUGAAAUGUUUUUGAAGAGAUUUGGGACAAUGUUGAGGAAUAUUAGGUGAA